CAAACGUUGACACCCACCACACCACCACCUUCAUAAUAUCCUCCAUCACUCUAUAAUUUCUUCCUUUUAUCAUCAGCUUCUUCUGAUCCUCUAAUGGGAGAAAAUAACAACAAUGUCAACAACCUUCCACCCGGGUUCCGAUUUUACCCUACAGAUGAAGAGCUUGUGGUCCAUUUCCUUCACAGAAAGGCUUCCCUUUUGCCUUAUCACCCAGAUGUCAUCCCUGAUCUUGACCUCUACCCAUAUGAUCCCUGGCAACUUCAUGGUAGAGCUUUGGAAGAGGGAAACCAAUGGUACUACUAUAGCAGAAGGACGCAAAACAGGAUCACAAGCAAUGGUUAUUGGGUAGCAAUGGGAAUGGAGGAGCCAGUGGUUGCAAGCUCAAGCAACAAGAGAGUUGGUAUGAAGAAAUAUUAUGUUUUCCAUGUGGGACAAGCCCCUGAUGGUAACAAAACCAAUUGGAUAAUGCAAGAGUAUCGCCUACCAGAUUCUGCUUCCUCUAGCAGAACAUCCAGAAGAAAAACAGAUCAUAGCAAAUGGGUGAUAUGUAGAGUUUAUGAGAUGGAUGAUGACCAAGAUGGUGAUGGAACAGAGCUCUCUUGUUUGGAUGAAGUUUUCUUGUCAUUGGAUGAUCUUGAGGAAGUAAGCUUGCCAAAUUAGAUGGUGUGCAAAGUGAUAUCUAGUUAGCAGCAUUUUCCAAAUGGGAAUACAUAUUUAAGCUAAGCUAAUUGUUGUUUUUGUUUUCAUUAUUAUUGUUAUUUUAGCGGUUGUAGUUAAAUGAAUCCAAUACCACUUUAGCUGCCAUUGUAUUCAGUGAAGUUGCUAUAGCUAGAUUUCUAUAUAGCAUCCCCUCCAAGUGGGGCACUAGGUGAAAUUCAUGGCCAAACAAUAUGCAGUGUGACGUUAUGCUUUCAAAGAUCC